AUGGCCGAGUCUCAGCUGGGCUGCCUGGACGAUGGGCACGUGAAUGAGAAGGUGACGGAGGCACACGCUGCCUUCUACUACUGCGAGCGGCGGCGAGCCGCCCUGGAGGCGCUGCUGACCGGUGGGGACAGGGCCUACCGGGACGUGGUGACCAAGGAACGGCUGCCCGACUUUCUGUCCGAGCCCGAGCGCCAGGCGCUCCGGGCCGACUGGAGUCCCUACGAGGUGCAGCCGCCGGGCCAUGCCAAAAGCAAAAUCAAGACCAGGGGCCAGGCCCCCGCCCCCACCCCCACCUCACCUUCCGCCUCGCUGGCCUAUUGGCCUGACCGCUCCGACACAGAGGUGCCCCCGCUCGACCUGGGCUGGACAGACAAUGGCUACUACCGGGGCGUCAGUCGCGUCAACCUGUUCACCCACCCUCCCAAGGAGGAGAAGGCACCCCACCUCAAGGAGGUGGUCAGGGUGAUGAUCCAGCAGGCUCAGAAGGUCAUUGCGGUGGUCAUGGACCUUUUCACAGAUGGGGACAUCUUCCAGGACAUUGUCAAUGCUGCCUACAAGAGACGGGUCCCAGUGUAUAUAAUUCUGGAUGAGGCAGGCGUCAAAUUCUUUCUAGAAAUGUGUCGGAACUUGGAGCUCAAUGAUUUCCGGAUCCGGAACAUCCGAACCCGUUGUGUGACUGGUGUUGGGUUCUACACACCUACUGGAAAGGUCAAAGGAACUCUCUCCUCCAGGUUCCUAAUGGUAGAUGGUGACAAAGUAGCUACAGGGUCUUACAGAUUUACUUGGAAAUCUUCCCAUGUGGACAGAAAUAUGCUCCUGGUAUUGACAGGGCAGUACGCAGAGCCUUUUGAUGUUGAGUUCCGAGAACUUUACGCCAUCUCAGAGGAAGUGGACCUAUACCGGGAGCUGGGCCUGACAGGCCUCAAAUACUCCUCCACGGUGGCCCGUAAAAUGAUCAAUCCAAAGUAUGCCCUGGUAGUGGGCAGCCGACAACCCCCUGGGGAGAUGAUGCGCUGGGCAGCGCGACAGAAGCAGGAAGCUGGAGGAGGCAAGGAUGAACCAGAGGAGGGAGGCCGAGAAGGCUCUGAGUCUGCCCGACGCCUUGACAGCUUUCUCCAUGACCUGGUCACACUGGAUCAGGUGCUGCCUAUGAUGGACCUUCCAUCCUUGGAAGGGUCGGACUAUAAAGGUGGCAAGGGGAGUGCCCCUGGGCGCCUAGAACUAAAACCCAAGGGCAAAGAGGCUUCUGGCCGAGCUGGGAGGAGUGAGGCUACCAAUGGAGCACCCGUCCCCAGCAAAGAAGGCAAACGCCUGGGCACCAAGUUCAGCUGGAGAUCUAAGCGUGCUCCCGCCAACGGCAUGAUCAGCUCCCUCUCCACUGAGACCUUCUCCGAAGGGGAGUUUGUGGUAGUAAGGAGGCCAGCCACGAACCCAAGUACCCAAAGUGCCAAUGGUGGUGUCCACAGCAACGGCAACGUUUCAGGCAAAACGAGCCUUAGUUCUUCAAAGGCGAACAAAUGUGUGAUUUCCUGAAUGUGGCCACUGCCUUGCCUAGGACCCCCAGGUGGCCCCAGACUUCUCUGGCUCCACUGACUCUCAAAAGUUGCCUUGGAAAAGGACUCUUGGAUGGACCCCUCUGGAAUCUGCACCUUCAUUCUGGUCAUCAGCCUUCUGACUAAUGGCCUUGGUCUUGGCUAGCCUUCUGAACGAUGACCAACUGAGUCCUGGACAAGUUCCUCAGCUGUGCUAGAUGGGGGGUGGGGUUCACAAACAAAUCAUGUUUACACUUAGUGGGAGUGGGGAGAGAUACUCCUCCCCCUACCUUUGUGCCUGAAUUGAUGAGAACCAAAGAAUAUUACUAGCCUUAUUUUGUUUUGUUUUGUUUUCCAUUUUGCUGGUGAUUCUGGAGUACAAAGUUGAAAACUGGACAAAGGAGCAAAGCACCUUCAUGCUCAUAGCCUAGGAGGGUAACCUCUAUUAUGGUUCUAGUCAGAGGUCCUGUGUUCA